AUGAAUACCUUUGCGGCGAUCACCAGACAGUCCCCUUCCUCCCAAGCACUACAACAGGCGUUCUUAGACUUGGGAUCAGUCUUAUCGGUGAUAUUCCAAUCUUUGAUGGCCUGUUCCCCACAAUUCUGUGUUUGGUCGUACAUCUUCCCCAUACAACUCACCACAAGCGGGUCGUCAUCUGAUGUGUCGAUGUUUAGCGGCAAUAGUGCCGAAACACUCGCACAGAAUAUGCCCAUUAUAUACCACAGGAAUUGCAUUUUAUUCAAUAAUAUAUUAAAUAUCAUCCAUAAAAUAAUGCAUAAAAGGUUAUCAAGAUUAAUUAAAUUCCAAUCUUUGAUGGCCUGUUCCCCACAAUUCUGUGUUUGGUCGUACAUCUUCCCCAUACAACUCACCACAAGCGGGUCGUCAUCUGAUGUGUCGAUGUUUAGCGGCAAUAGUGCCGAAACACUCGCACAGAAUAUGCCGAUUAUAUACCACAGGAAUUGCAUUUUAUUCAAUAAUAUUUAUCAAGAUAAUUAUGAUAUAGAAUUGGAGCAGAGAUUCUGUAAUAAAACACUUUCCGACUCAAGAAUCAAUGAAAUGGAAAAAUGUGAUACCUAUAUACCCAAGGAGUAUUUGAGAUGUCAUGAGAAAGGUAUGAAAGUGUUUGAGGAAACAGUGACUGUGACUGAAAUGACUGAACAACGGGUCGAUAUGUUUAGGAAACAUGAGGUCAGAGAUCAUUGA